GGGAGGGCAACGCAGCAACGACGACGACAACGACGACGACGAGGACGACGGAGGUGGUGGCGGUGGUGCCAUCAUCGUUCCGCGAGAUGAUGCUGCAUCACGAGCAGCAUCAGCAGCAACAGCAUCCGGGAGAUGGCGAAGGAGCGGGCGGUAUGGAUGCCAUGGCCUGCGAAGACCACCAUGUGGUGGUGGGCAGGAUGGACCUGGCACCGCAGGUGCAGGGGUUGAGGAUGCUGAGCGAACAGCAGGAGCACGAGCAACAGCGGAUUUUGUAUGGUGAGAAGGGGCUCGGGGUCCACGACCAUGACGCGAUGGGGAAAGUCCAGCACCCGGGGCACGUCGUGGUGUUUGGCGACCGGGGGCAUGAGAAUGGACACGAACACGCGCAUGCGUAUGGGGUGGAGUUAGGGAACGGGAAGCACGGCGUGGUGGAAGAUAUGGAUGCGAAGCUCGGGGGCUUGGGCGCCGCCAUGCUCCGAGUGGAUGCAAAGAUGGAGGGCCGGGAGCGGCAGAUGAGUGAGGGCGAUGCUGGAACGGCGAAUAGCCCGCAGGUUGGAAAGCUACGCGGACGGUCUUCGCGGGACCCGGUUAUCGAGUGGAGCGAGACCGCCACGACGGUGUUGUUGCAGGCGUUUGGGGAGAAGUACCGCGCUCUUGAUCGCGGGAAUUUUACGAGCAAGAUUUGGGCCGACAUUGCGGCGAGGGUGAACAGCCGCGGCUCACUGACGGGCAAUUUAGUGGAUGGUAUACCAAAGACGCAGGAGCAGUGCCGCAUUAAGGUGGAUAAUCUUAAGAAACGAUACAAAGUGGAGAGAGAGAAGAAACGUGUGUCGGGAUCCGUGACAUCAAAGUGGAUAUUUUAUGACAUGAUGGAUGAGUUGAUUGGAGCAAAUCCGAGGCACGUGCGUAGCGGGGGUGGGCUUGGAGGAGCAGAUUCACCCUUGGGCUUGGAGAAUGGUGGCACACCUCUGGGCAUUCGAACACCUGGAGAGGACGGGGACAGGAUGUACUACCUAGAGAGUGCAGGUGGUGAAGGUGAUCAAACAUCAGAAACGAUCCCCAAAAUAUCGCCGGUUCAGGGACGAAGGAAAAGGAAAAGAGCGUUGGAAGACUUGGAACGAGACCACGUCAAUGCCCCAGCUUUGAUGGCCCUUUUUGAGGGUUAUAAUGUUCCUCCAAGCAUCAUCGAUGCGAUGCUGCAGGAAGAUAUGGACGAAUACACUCUGAUCAAUUCUAGAGACAUCACGGUGUUACUGGAUCAGUUGCGAAGCAAGCACCGGCUGCACAUCAAGCUGGGGCCCGCGGAAAGAAUCAAACAAGCCAUCGAGGCUGCAAAAGAGAAGAAGAAUAGUCUGGCCCUAGUCAUCCAACAGCAGCAGCAGUAGCAAUGAAUUGGGAACAAGUGGACGCUUCGAAGAUGAGAGGGGUUGGAGAUGCUUAGGAUGUUUGCGAGAGAAGGUGACGGAAGAGUGCGGAUUGUGUUGCUGGGCGUUGGCUCGUGGGAAGCGGCGGGGCUGUCCGUCUUGAUAUCGGAGUUCUUCUUGGGGGCUUUUGUGACGGGAUGAAGCUGCCUAGAAGGGUUUGGAGGCAAUUUAGCCUAAUGCAGAUAAACGACAGUGGUGCUAUGGAUAAAAUGAGAGUAUGGAUGAAGAAAGUUAGGAUGUUUGACACAAAGCAGAUGUCCAGGAACAUUGAAGGCUGGACAGAAAUCAGCGGCGGAUUGGUAGAAUAGGGAACAACAGGUCUGCAAGUCCAUAUUGAGACGAUGUUUUUGGGUGUUGUAGCAAUGCACGGUCGAUGUGGGUGGGCGAAUGGGUGGAAGUUGAUUCGUGCCCAUAAGCUUCAGUUUUGAACAUAGAUUGAUGGCCUAGAGGUUUGUUUUGGUUUUAAUUUUAGUUUAGUUCUCUCUCUCUCUCUCUCUCUCUCUCUCUCUCUCUCUCUUUCCAAGUUCCUUUUAGACUGUAAAGGAAGCUGACUUGUUUAGGGCGGGAUCAGCGUUAUGUACCAUUCGUGGUUGUGCCACUGGACUCUUUCUGUGUUGUGUGAUGGAAGGGAAAUCUGGAGGCGCGUUUCUCAUGUAUAGAUGGAAGCGAUGAAGAUGGGAUAUUAGGAAAGAAUAUAAUAGGAUCAUGAAAGUACUUGAUGGCGCUCAGUUGUAUCGUAUCGACAGAUUUCAUGUCUCGGUCCUGUCUAAAGUGGAUGUUCCACUUUCCAUGUGGGAGCUGGUUGGCGGUGUUUAGAACAGCCAUCGGUGGCUUGGGAUGGGAGUUUUCGCAUUGGAGCUAAGUUAUUUCCAUUUUAACUCCACAUGUCACGGAUAAAGCGAUCGUAGCGAAUAUUCCAUCAUCGACGAUUUCCAAGGUAUAUUGCAUCACCUUCGUGUGGGUAGUCAAAUAAAUGUGAAACGCUUGAAGCUGGCGUGGCUCCUGUGUGAAUACAUUGAAGAAAGGCUGAUGGGCAAUGAUGGGUUGUAGAGUAGUGUGUCGAUGUUAUACAGAGUUGGUGCGAGUAGCGUUCCAGGUUAUAGGGGUCUUAGGUUGGGCAGUAUUAGUCUUGGGACGAAGGGCUCAGAUAUUACUGACGGUCUGUUUAGAUUGAGCAGUAAUGUUUGGUUCUCGAUCUUUCUUAGAGUCUGCGAUUUUGACGAAUGGAGUGAAGUGGGUUGUGACGUCGAGCUAAAUGUACUUAUUCAUGCAAAGUGGAAGGUUUCAGUGAUUGAUAGUCUAAA